CAGGCUGGAUUUUCUCUUUCGCCAUCGAAGAUGCAUUGUCUUCUUCGUUUCGUCGCUCUCUUCAUCGCUGUACAGUGCAUCUAUGGCCAAGGAUACAACCUGAGGAAUGGGGGGAACGUAGCGCUUGCGAACUCUGAGCCACUGGUUACCGCGAGGACGAUCGAAAGAGCGAAGCAGCUGUCCAUGGGAACUCCCUUGAAGGGCAUCCGAGUCUUCGUUCCCGAGGGCCAGACAGCCCAGCGAGCGGUGGAGAACCAGCUCGCUGCUCAGCACAUCAAGAUCGCUCCCAAGGGGACUAUGCUGGAGGCUGCGGAGUCGACCUCAGCAUACGCCAACGUGCCAUGGUGGGUGUUCCUACUGACGUUCUUCGGAUCCAUCGGCACUAUCUGUGCCAUGUUCUACAUCACUGAGAGGAUGUGGGACAAGAGACAACAGAGCUGAUGAGUGAGAUGAAGUCGAGCCCCAGCGCAUUAAAGACAGCCAUUGAAAGC